UGACGAGUGGGACGGCGUGACUGAGCUACCGGGUAUUGCUGUGUCCUAGAGGCAUCAGGGGCACUAAAACCGCGGUGACCGCGCAGGCGGCGGCCAGGCCGCGAGGCCCGUGGGGUAGAGGUGGCAGACGCAGGACCGCUGAGCCGGUUUCUAGCCCCGGUACAGGUGCCAUGAAAGUCUUCCUUGCUUUCUGUGUUGUCCUUUUGGUGUUUGGGAGUGUCUCUGAAGCUAAGUUUGAUGAUUUUGAGGAUGAGGAAGACAUAGUAGAGUAUGAUGAUAAUGACUUUGCUGAAUUUGAAGAUGUCACAGAAGAUUCUGUUACUGAAUCUCCUCAACGGGUGAUUACCACUGAAGAUGAUGAAGACGAGACCACUGUGGAGUUAGAAGGGCAGGAUGAAAACCAAGAAGGAGAUUUUGAAGAUGCAGAUACCCAGGAGGGAGAUACCGAGGGUGAGCCAUAUGAUGAUGAAGAAUUUGAAGGUUAUGAAGACAAACCAGAUACUUCUUCUAGCAAAAAUAAAGACCCAAUAACAAUUGUUGAUGUUCCUGCACACCUCCAGAACAGUUGGGAGAGUUAUUAUCUAGAAAUUUUGAUGGUGACUGGUCUGCUUGCCUACAUCAUGAACUAUAUCAUUGGGAAGAAUAAAAACAGUCGCCUUGCUCAGGCCUGGUUUAACUCUCAUAGAGAACUUUUGGAGAGUAACUUUACCUUAGUAGGGGAUGAUGGAACAAACAAAGAAGCCACAAGUACAGGAAAGCUGAACCAGGAGAAUGAGCAUAUCUACAAUCUGUGGUGUUCUGGUAGAGUGUGCUGUGAGGGGAUGCUUAUCCAGCUCAGGUUCCUCAAGAGACAGGACUUACUGAACGUCCUGGCCCGUAUGAUGAGGCCAGCAAGUGAUCAAGUGCAAAUAAAAGUAACCAUGAAUGAUGAAGACAUGGAUACCUAUGUGUUUGCUAUUGGUACUCGGAAAGCCCUGGUACGACUGCAGAAAGAGAUGCAGGAUCUGAGUGAGUUUUGUAGUGACAAACCUAAGUCUGGAGCAAAGUAUGGACUGCCAGACUCCUUAGCCAUCCUGUCAGAGAUGGGAGAAGUCACAGAGGGAAUGAUGGAUACAAAGAUGGUCCACUUUCUUACACACUACGCUGACAAGAUUGAAUCCGUUCAUUUUUCAGACCAGUUCUCGGGUCCAAAAAUUAUGCAAGAGGAAGGUCAGCCUUUAAAGCUACCUGAAACUAAGAGGACACUACUGUUUACAUUUAAUGUGCCUGGCUCAGGAAACACUUACCCAAAGGAUAUGGAAGCUUUGCUACCCCUGAUGAACAUGGUGAUUUACUCUAUUGACAAAGCCAAAAAGUUCCGACUCAACAGAGAAGGCAAACAAAAAGCAGAUAAGAACCGAGCUAGAGUGGAAGAGAAAUUCUUGAAGCUGACGCAUGUGCAAAGACAGGAAGCUGCACAGUCUCGGCGUGAGGAGAAGAAAAGAGCAGAGAAGGAGCGGAUCAUGAAUGAGGAAGAUCCUGAGAAACAGCGCAGGCUCGAGGAAGCUGCCUUGAGACGUGAGCAAAAGAAAUUGGAAAAGAAGCAAAUGAAAAUGAAACAAAUCAAGGUGAAAGCCAUGUAAAGUCAUCUCAGAGAUCUGAGUCCUGCUGCCACCUAUAAGCUCUGUAUUCACAGGGAGCGUUAAAAAUAUCAGUCCAUUUCUCAUCUGAAAGUUUAAGCACUCCCAGUGACUGAGAAAUCCUUAUUUCAUCAUCUGUUCUGUUUUUGGUUUAGAAUUUACGGAAGUUAGAAAUACAUAGGAAGGACUCUGUUUCAGUAAUUUUCUUCCAGAUAAUCACAUUAUUUUGAUUAUUUUACAAAAGGAAUGAUAUGUGAACUCUGUAGUUUUAAAAUACUUUUAAAAUUAUAACAUGAAUCAUCAGUGCUUUUAGUGCUAUUAUAUUUGAAGAAAUAUCAUGAGUUUAUAGAUAAACAAUUAGAUUAUUGCUUUUUAUUUAAACUAGGCAGUUGAAAUGGCUAUAAAGAAUGACCCUAAACCAAGAUUCCACAAAUAACAAUAAACAUUGCUUGUUUUCUUGUGUGUCUACAUUAAACUUGUAAAAAAAUAAAAUUUAGAACACUA